CUUCCACAAGCUUAGUUCCCUAAGAGGGGAGCGCUAAGGGCAGGCGGAGGGAAGCACGCCGAAGCCUCACUCCAGACCCCAAACCACCAGCUCUAGGUUGCUGGGUGAAGUGAUGACUUCUUAGCCUCUCCUUGGCUCAGCGGGACCUGCGGCUCAGCCAGCAUCCAAUGGAGGACAAAAAGAAGAAAAGGAGUCCCAAGCCCUGCCUGACGCAGCCAGCCCAGGCCCCGGGCACACUACGAAGGGUCCCUGUGCCCAGCAGCCACAGCGGCUCCUUAGCCCUGGGACUCCCUCAUCUGCCGUCCCCCAAGCAGCGAGCCAAGUUCAAGAGGGUAGGCAAGGAGAAAUGCCGCCCGGUGCUGGCCGGAAGUGGAGGUGGCUCUGCAGGCACCCCACUGCAGCACUCGUUUCUGACCGAGGGGACAGACGUCUAUGAGAUGGAGGGGGGACUGUUGAACCUGCUCAAUGAUUUUCACUCAGGCAGGCUGCAGGCCUUUGGGAAGGAAUGCUCCUUUGAGCAGUUGGAGCACGUGCGGGAGAUGCAGGAGAAGCUGGCCCGGCUGCACUUCAGCCUUGAUGUGUGCGGGGAAGAGGAGGAGGAGGAGGAGGAAGAGGACGGGGUCACUGAGGGACUGCCUGAGGAGCAGAAGAAGACAAUGGCUGACCGCAACCUGGACCAGCUGCUUAGCAAUAAGACCUCAGUAACUCUAUACAGAAGUUGCACCUGGCCGAGAAUGCCGAGCCUGAGGAGCAGUCAGCUGUGUAGGUGGCGGCCCGGGUCCAGCCUGCCUCUCUCAUCCCUUCAAACUGUGACUUUUUCGAACUCGUUCGGGUAUUCCGCGGCCCCCCAGGUGCUAUGGGGGAGGGGGGCGCUGGAUGAAAUUAAACCAGAAAGAAAGACACCGGUUCCGUGUGUUUCCUCUCCUCCUUGCGCCUCUACUGGGGUACCCGGCCUCCGCAGAGACACCAUUGCGCGAUACACUGGUUUGGGCGGAGCCGCUCGGGGGCUGGAAUUCCCAGCGAAGUUCUGGGAAUUGGAGUUGGAGUUGGAGGCUGUCGCCCGGAAGCCAGCCGCCGCCGCGGCCGGAGGAGCACGGUUGCCGUGGAGACGACGGGGGCGGGGCCUGCGCGCGGCGCGGACUAGUGACGCACGGCGCAGGCGCCCGUUAGGCGGUCGCUCAGUGGGCGCCAGGAUGGAGCGGGAGCGGUUGGUUCGGGCGGUGUCGGUGCUGCAGGCCUGCGUCCGGGGCUUUUUGGUCCGACGCCACAUCCAGAGACUGCGAGAGGAGUAUGAGGCGGUUGUAGGAGAAAUCGAGGGUGAUCUGGGCACGCUUCAGUGGACCAAGGGCUGGAUUCCCAGGCCCCAGUUUCUCCCAAAGAAAGCAAAAUCCCAUCGGACCUGUAAACCCCAAGAGAGGGCACCAAAUCCAGAACAGCAACAGCGGGACUGCUUUUCACGUAAAGAACUUGAGAGAGAAGCUGUCUUGGGGGAGAUGAUGCUGAAGCAAUCAGGAGAGAGCUCAGCAGACUCAGGAAGUCUUCCCUUCAGAGGUGACAACAGUCCCCGGCCUGAGGACGAGCACAGCAGGCAAGCCAGGAAUCCCAGCCAAGAGGAGACCAGAGACAUGUCAGGGAUGGAGAACCCAGAAGGUGUAGGUCCAGGACUGCCCCACGGCCAGACGCUCCAGGAGCUCCAGCACCACCACAGCCACUUGGCCAUGGAACUGCUGUGGAUACAACAGGCCAUCAAUAGCCGUAAGGAGUACCUAAUUCUCAAACAGACACUGACAUCCCCAGAGGCGAGCCAGAUGAGAGACGAGCCCAGCCUGUGCCCAGACCACAGGGCCCAGACCUGUGACAGGGCUGGGUCCCAGACAAGCCUGCCACCAAAAGACAAGUCCUACAGAGACAGGACCACUGAAGGGCCAGACCAUGUGGAUAACGCCUGCUGGAGGCUGAAGUCACAGCCCCACAAGUGCCUGGAAAGCCUGGCCACUACAGCCAAAACCACGGCUGGGGUCAAGUGCAGGGAUCUGUGGAGUAGGAGGGCUGGAUCACAGCUCUCCACGCCAUCCGAUAACCAGGCCUCAGAGGCCAGGCUCACUGGAGAGCCACGCCGUGGAGGACCACCCUUCGGAGGGCCCAGCCUGCGGCUGACGAGAGUCCUGGAGGACCAGAUCCCCCAAGGCCUUAAACCUAGGGGCUGCUGUUCUGCAAAAGCUAGGAUGCAGGUCGCCACACACUGUGAUGACCAAGAUGUUGAGGAUAAGUCUCCCAGAAAGCCAGAACGCAAAGAACCUAAAUGCCAAAGAGCCAGGCCCCGAGAGUUGGACCUCUCAGAGGACCGUAGUGGCAUCUGGGAUGAGACCUGGGCAGAGCCUGGUGGCCAGGACCUCUGGAAGACUAAACCACCCAAGGGCCAGAUCCCUAGUGAGAAAAGCUCCUGGGAGAGAAUCUCCAGUGAACCUAACCAUGAACAGUGGAAAAACCAGAGGCCUGUACCAUGGUGACUGAGACCACCUAAGAAACUGUCUUUGGCAGAGUCUGCCCACACAGGAGAGGACCACUGGAUGGACAAGCCAUGGAAAACAGGACCAUCAGGCUAGACCCUGGGGAGCCAGGGCCUUACCCUUGCUCCCUGGUACUAGCUGUACCUCCUGCCCUUGGCCAUUGGUGGCUAUGGGACCAAGAGAAGCUGGAGCAAAGAGCUGGGUGCCCGUAGAGGGAGGGGAGGACGAAGGACACUCUUUCAUCCUCUGCCUGUGGCUUACUCCAAAUUUAGGGGCAGGGAGUUACCUGGGGUAAGCGGGGAGCCUGGUGACGAAUAAAGGAUUUUCUUGGAUUCUGCA